GUGAUAGACUGGCUUUCGCAGGACGGGCAGACCAUCCUACAGAGACACGCCACUACAGCAGACAACCUCAAAGCAGCGCGUCACCAGCAGAAGGACUUUGAGAAGUUUUACUAUUCUGCUGUGUCAUACAUCGAGAAAGGAAAUGACCUUCUAGAAGAGGCAAGCAUGCUGUCACAGUGUGGCAGCUUCUCAGAAGCCACGGGUUACAAGGAUCUGGCCAAAACGCUGAGGAGGCAGCUGCAGAACUUCACCGGCCAAUUAGAGGAGGCCAGAGAGAGGAUAGAGGGAACUGCCAAAUGUUACCAUCUUCUAGACAAGAGUUAUGAGUGGGCCCUGGAAGCUAUGAAGUACAUGUCCAGCAUGAAAAUGGAGCACAGCACCACCGCCGAGGGUUUGGAUAAACUGCUGAAAAGCCUGAGCAUUUACUUGUCGGAGCAUCCGGCGAUCUCCGAGGAGACGUUCGUUGCCAUGCUGGAAGUGGCUCAGAGACUCAACAAUGACAGGUUGCUGGAGCAAUGCAAGCUGGCCAAGGCCCGCUGUCAG